AUGCCAUCAUUUUGUGCUGUGGUAAAUUGCAAUGAUCGGUAUGGACAUUCGGAGAAUAUUUCCUUUCACAAAUUUCCUCUAAAACGAAAAGAUCUACUGGUGCAGUGGGAGGGAUUUAUACAAAAGCAAAGAGGUCCCGAUUGGCGGGCUUCACGUUGGAGUUCAUUGUGUAGCCGACACUUUCGCGAAGAUGAUUUUCGUUCAUUGAAUGAACGUAAGACACUUAAAAAGACUGCUGUACCCACGAUCUUGGAUGUGGGUAAUUAUACGGAAGCACACAACAAAACAAAGCCAGCAUGUGGAGGAAAUGUACCAAGGGAAAAUGAAAGCCAAAAGGAUAAAGAAUUUAAAGAAAUUAUGGCAAUACGAGAGCAACUGGAAGAUGUCGGAACAAGUGGUAGCACUAAUAUUGCCAAAACCAAUUGUCGACUUUGUGGCAUUAGUGCAAUACCCGUGGUUACUUUUGCAUCCAAUUAUGAGCUGUAUGGUAUGCUACAGAAAUGUUUCCCCACCUUGAAUAUACAACAAGAUGAUGCAUUCCCCAAAGUGUUGUGUUCCUCCUGCUAUAAAAAUCUACAACAUUUUUGUGAAUUCGUUGAUAUUGUGUGGGCAGCACAAACGGAGUUGCAGAAAAAAUACAAACCCAAGGCGGUGGAGAAACCACCUCUGAAAAUAAAACAGGAACCAUUAGCAGUGCGUGUUAAGCAAGAAGUGGCGGAGGUGGGCUAUGAUCAGCAACAAGAGUUGGGUGCAAAUGAUGAAUAUGAUGUUAUGGCCGAUGGCCAGCAUGAUGAGGCUGAGGGCGGUGAAGCUGUAGACCAAAAAUUUGAAUUUUGUGAUUUUCCCAUCAAUGAUUGUGACAUUAUGGAAAUUAUUAAUUUGGACGAUCCGUUUAUAAAUAUACCCGACGAUGAUAACAAUACCAUUGUGAAUGAGGGUGAAGAGUGUCCGAAACGAGUUAAUGAACAACGCGCAAGUCAUAUGCCCACGGCACAUGAACUGUUGCAGGUCCAUCUGUUAAUGGAUGAACAUAAUUAUGCUUAUGUGGAUACAGAUGAUUUUAAGGAGGAGCAACAAGUAUACAAGACUGAGAAAUCUGAUGGUGAUGAAAGGGCUUUUGUGGAUCAAUCUAAUUUAGCUACUGAAAAUCUUGUCAGAGAAAAUAACAUUUUAUAUAAAGAUGCUGGGCAUAAUUACAUUCCAGAUCAAUCUUACACCGAAGCAAACUCCUUUGAGAAUCGUGCUUUGAAGCCCAUUGUAACAUCGGUCAGUGCAAUACAACAACCCACGAAUAAGGGAAAUGGUAUUGUUGUACUCAAUGAGAGCAUUGUUAAAUCGGGAGCUGGAGGUUGCCAUUUACAUUCAUGCAUGGUUUGCCAUUUAAAGUUUUUCUCUGUGGAAAAUCUCAAAGAACAUUAUACCCAAACACAUGGUACUCCCAUGGUGACAGUGCCGGCCAGUAAUAUAUUGGUAGAAAGAAAUAGCACUGAGAGUAAAUGUCACAUGAAAACGGAAGUUAUUGAAAAUUUGGAAUUGAGUAGUGCAAAGGAUGUUGCUGCAUGUCCCCCAGAAGAGUUGCCUAAAGACGCUAGUGAAAGUAAUGAAAAUCAAAAAGACAUGGCAACAGAAGAGAGAGAUAUUGAAAUGCUUGAAAAGUUGAAAAAUAAUUUUAAAACACGCCGAAGAGAAGUGAAGAAAGAUAAAGUGCCACAAAUAAAUCCCAGACAAACAAAUUAUCGACGUCGUAAUAUUGCCAAGAAAAAUCCGCACAAAAUCUCCCUCAAUACCAUGGCUAAUCAAUAUCAACAGUUGAGAAAACUCUAUCAGACAUUACAAAAGAAAUGUUUAAAUUUAGAACAAAAUGUUGAACAACUGCAGCUGCAACCAAUAACAAAAAUCCACAGAACAAUUAAAGAAAAGCGAAAAUCUAAAAUUUCGAGUAGUUUAGAAACAACAACAACGAAACACAUACCUUCAAAUCCAACCGAAAAUAAAAACUUUUCCUGUCCGGUGUGUUCAAAAAUAUUUCCAAAUUCGAAUAGUUUACGCCAGCAUAGUAUAACACACACCGAAGAACGAAAACAUAUAUGCAGUUUAUGUCAGCGAUCUUUUAAGCGCCGCAAUGGCCUGCUGCAGCAUCUUAAGGGAUUCCAUCUACAAGUUAAACCGUUUACAUGUCAAGUGUGUAAACAUAGUUAUGCUCUGAAAUGUGAUAUGUUGCGUUGUAAACAUUCUGCCCUGAAGGCCAGUGUUUUAUUAAAUAAGUGUACAUAA